AUGUCUUCUGUGCGGCUCGAGCUUGUCCAGUCCUUUCCAACCUCUGGGGCACGAGCUGUAUCCUAUUUUUCAAUCGGCGACAAUGAUUUUCUGGCAAUUCCUCAACUCGCUGAGGAUAUUCCAAAUGGGCCGGUUGGCAUGAACGAAGGCAACAGCGAUGUUGAUCUCAUCAUUUGGAAGGCGAAUAAGGCCGGGCUUUUUGAGGAAUGGCAACGACUCCCCGUUUCAGGUGGUGAAGACGUCGAGUUCUUUACCAUUCAAGGUCGACAUUUCCUCGCCACUGCAUCUAUCCGGACUGGAAAGGGCCCCUACAACUUCAACGUGUCGUCUAUCAUUUUUGAGUUCGUCGAAGAAAGAUUUGUUGAAUUCCAAAAAAUUCCAACUUUUGGGGCCAAACAAUGGCGGUACUUCUCGAUCGGUAGCCGUCAUUUUCUGGCAUUGGCUCAAGGUGUCAAAGUUCCUGGGCUCUCCUCAGAGAUCCCGGGGGAUUCAACCGUGUUUGAAUGGGAUGGAACCACUUUCAGUGCACUGCAGACUGUUCCAUCUGCAUGGGGCUACAACUUCCUGCAUUUUGAGUUGUCCGGAGUCCAUUACCUUGCGUAUGCUGACUUCAGAGAACCGUCGAUUUUGAUGAGGUGGGAUGGUGAUAGGUUCGUCCAAUCCCAAACCUUUGCACCCAAAGGAGGGCGAGCAUUCUGUUUCUUCCAGGUUGAGGAAGAAGCAUACCUUGCACUGGCAGAUAUCGAGAACAACAGCAUCCUCUACAAAUGGAACGGCGGCGAAUUUCGAGAACACCAGAUCCUUACCGGAUCCGGUGGACGCGAGUUCGCACUGAUUCAAAAUGACGGCGAGACAUACGUGGUCCUUGUCAGGUUCAUCCAAGGCACUCCCAAGGCUCCUACAACUCAACUCGAAUCUAUAAUAUAUCACAUGGAAGAUGGUUUUCUCAAGCAUGAACAUUCGUUCCUGACCCACGGCGCGACUGAUGCGGCAUCCUUCGUCAAGGGGGGUGAGACCUUUUUGUUUGUCUGCCAAAGUCUGACGGACGACGUCCACUUCCGCGUCGAUAGCAAUCUCUAUCGUUUUGAAGCAGGGCCUCGGCGCAAAAUCCUCAAUGAGGUCAGUGGUGGUGGGAAGCAAUCCCCUGAGUUUGUGGAUCUGUACACAACAUACACCGCUUCAGCAGACGGAAUAGGUCCCAAUCUCACGGGAUUGAUCUCUCAUUCAACCGCAAAUGACCAUAUGCUAGUCGCCACCAGCAGCGAGAUGAUCUUCUAUCCCGGUCACGGCCACAAACCUUCAUACAUCAACUACCGUUUCAACAACCGAGGAUUCAAAGAACUUGCGGCGGUAUCGCAUCUUGGACCGGCUCUCGCUUCCCUCGUUAAGAUGGCGACACUAGACACAAACAUGUGGAGGACCGAAGCCAAAAGGCUCUUGCUGAAAGUUUCCGAGGUUCAGAAAACCAAUUCAGUCUCACUUUGGCGUGAUGAGCUGAAGGUGGCCGCCUUCACAGGCCGCGAACAAGCAAUCGCAGAAAUGAUUGACUAUACAUGCUCUCUUACCGCCAAAUUUCUGAACGCGGUCCUCGAAGACCCGCAAAGACUCAAUCCCGAGUUCCUUCGCGAGGAGUACCUUGAGGCCACAGGUACCAUUCUGGGUGCAACCAUCUCCAUGAAUGCCAUGAUGAUUGCGACCUUCUUCUUGGUUGGGUUGGAUAUCUCCUACCGAAUGCGGAUCUGGUUGCGAGAUCAGCAAAUUGACUGGCAAAGAGCUAUGGUGCUGAUUGUCGGGAAGCAAGGGAGGGAAACAGCUGGUGUCACCUUGAGCACGAAUUCAGUUGCGCAAGGGAUUAUUCAAUGCUCCAAUCUUGAGAUUCCGGUCAAUCGAAUUUACAUUGCGCCUCAUGGACCCGAUAUCAAACCCGGAGCGUCUGAGGCUGGUAAGCUGGAGCAACAUGAGGGUGCAUUCAGGUCGUUAUGGAACAGAAUUUAUGCUACGGUUGAGCUCGGGGAGAUUAUGUUUGCUGGCUUUCCGCGAUACACACCGCAGCUAAGCAACAGGCCAACCGUGACCGAGACCACAACGGAGAUAUCUGAGAUGCCGCAGAUACGUGGUCCAGAUGACUGGCUCACCAUGACGACACGAUUGCGGAUCGUUUUGGAAGAUCCACGACAGUUACUAUCGGGAUGCGUAACCGAUUACGCUGCAGAACAACUUCGACAACAAGACAACGACCCUCGUAAGGUUACCGUUCCAGGCCUGGACUCCUUUGAUUAUGCUACAGCUUCAGUCGCUCUAUCUAAUCCAGGGAAUGAAAAACGACCUUCGGGACGCUCCUCCAGAAGUCCUCCCAAGCCGGGGGAUCUACUUGGUACUCCGUGGCAACAGUUUCGUCAAUUCCUCGCUCCCCCAAAGAGGUGCCCAGUAGCUGGUGGCGAGAUCACGUUCUACGAGGAAGGCACAGGCUCUCAGACGAACGUGUGGCUUCACGGUCUGCCACUCGACAGCCGAAGCUGGGCCGCCCAGAGAUCCUAUUUUGCGUCUAAGUAUCGAAAUGUCUAUGUGGAUCUCAGGGGCUACGGAAAUUCCAGCAAAUUUCCGGACAAGGCUCAGAAUGUGACCCGGAUAUACUGUGAUGAUUUGCUAUCUGUGCUGAACCACUUGAACUUGGGGCCGGUCAACUUGAUCGGGUUUGCCUCUGCGGGCCACGUUGCCCUUCGAUUUGCGAGUCAGUGCCCUGCGCGUCUGAACAAACUGAUCGUCCUCAACGGGAGUCCGUGUUUCCGACAACGGGCAGACUGGCCCUUCGGCUUUGAAGAGAAGACAAUCAGCAAAUUCACGGCGGCGGCAUCGCAAGGCGGGAUCGAAGCCCUGACGGACAUGGUCCUCGAUCCUGCUCUGGUGUUCAAAGACCUCGACGCGCCCAACGCUGCAUUGCUGAAGGAGUGUUUCGCAGAGAUGAGCUACAACGCUGGCCUGGACACUGUCCUGAAAUUCUUCACCGACAUUUCCUUCGACGACGAUCGCGCACUGAUGAGCCAGAUCUCCACGCCGACGCUCCUGAUUACGGGCUCCAGGGGCGAGGAAGUCCCGAACGGCACCGGCGCUUUCCUACGGCGAACCAUCCCACAUGCCUCCCUGGUUGAAAUCCCCGGGGCGGACCAUUUCCUCUUCGCGACCAAGCCGGAUAUCGUCAAUCCGAUCAUUGCGGGUUUCCUGGCUGCCUGA